AUAAAAAUGAAAUACAUACCAGGUCUACUUGGGGUGGCAUGUGCCUACAUGCUGAUCCUGGUGGAGGGCUUGGCUGAAAGAAAUGGAUCCAAAAAACAUAUUGCUGGAGGAAAAUGUUACUUGAAAGAGCUGGCAGCCCUCACAAAACAUCAGGUGGAAGAAAGCUUGAUAAGUUUUGAUAAAGCCAAUGGACAACACCUUGGUACUUGGCUGCCUGGCUUUCCUGAGCUACAGGUCCACAAAGAUUCUUUCAAUGGGCCAAAAGUGCAGUGCAGCCUAACAUUCAUGGCUCUAGGGCUGGAGAAGAUCUUGGAGGAUCAAAAGAACGACCUGAAUCCAACAGAUGUUUUACUUCACAAGAUGCUUUGGAACACAAUUUCUCGGGUCAUGAUGCUUAAAGCUUGUAUGGAGGAUUUUCUCAAGGGCAAAUGCCCCGAGGAUCCGUUGCCACCAAAGAUGCCUAAGCAUGUGUUUGAUAGGAAACAGUGGAGCCACACUCUGUUGAAGUCAGCCAAGUAUUAUCUGGACUGGAUGGAACAUAAAAUCAUAGUUUCAAAGGCCAAAGAGUUUAAAAAGAAAACAAAUCAGGUUAAAAAUACUACAUUACAUAAGUACAUUAGGGGGAGUGUUUAUCAUUUGUGAUCUCAAUACGUCAGCUAAAAAGGCUGAUCUAGUUACAAUUAAUGCAUCCCAAAAUAUUUCCAGCAUCAAUUUAAUCAGGAAUUCUCUUUUUAGUAUUUCCUAAACCUCGGCUGAUCGGACCCCCGUAUUCGUCUUUCAAGUGCAGUGUGCGAGUUUAGAAGCAGUUGGCCGUAUUUAGCCAUCGCGCAAAAAGCUUCCAGUUAGCUUAGCAUUACAAGGAAGAAAAAAGUUCAGUUAGAAACAGUUUUAAACUUCAAAUUAAAAUAGUAUUUUUUUUUUUGGGAACAAAAAC